AUGCAGAACGCAGAGUCAGCAGACGAAAAUGCCGGGGAAGGCGAAUGGACUUACUUUGACAGUAGCCUAACAACAAAGGGCACUUUAGCUGACACUUUCCGUAUAUUCACACAUGGCGAGCUAGCAAACUCAACGUACCUGAGGCGCCGCGGGCAACGUGCGACCGAAGAAAACACAAUCACAGUUGCAACCGAUGGCUCCUGCUUCGACAAUGGCACUAACUCCGCCCAAGCAGGGGCCGGAGCUUACGUAGGAGAGGGAAGCGAUAACAAUUUCUCGCUACGACUCCCCCCUGAAAUCAAACAGACAAAUCAAACUGGUGAACUGACGGCCGUGUCCGAAACGUGCAGACGAGUGAACAAUGACGCACCAUUAGACAUCGUAAGCGACUCGCGCUACACAAUUGAUGAGGCAAACGACCUACGACAGAGGCACGAAGAUCGCGGGUACAUCGGGGUUGAGAACGCGCGCGAGAUAAGAUCAAUGGUAGUGAACCUACGGAAACGGACCAGUCGAGUACGCUUCAAAUGGGUAAAAGGUCAUCAGGGCCACAAGCUCAACGAAGAGGCAGACAAACUUGCCGGUUUGGGAGCCAAGAAGACGACCCCAGACGAUGUACCACUAGAGGUCGACGACACACUUAGGCUGACCGGCACAAAACUGCGAAUGAUAACGCAGAAAUUAGCCUAUCAAGGCAUCAGAGAGAUAAAGAUGAAAAGCUACACACCGCGAGCACGGACCACAGACAAUAUGAUACGAGCAAUUGACAAUGUAGAGGUCUUUUUCGACGAGAAACCCUCCGAGGCGACGAUCUGGAGAGGCCUUCGACAUAAGGACAUCCGGAGAGAAGUGAGAUACUUCCUAUGGAUGGCCAUGCAUGACGCCUACAUGGUAGGCACGAACUGGCUACGCCCGGGCUACUCGGAUGAGAUGCAAGAGCGAAAUGAGUGCAAGGUAUGCAGAGAAACAGAAUCAAUGGAUCACAUACUUUCGGAAUGCAAUGCGCCGGGCCAAGAACAAAUCUGGUCGCUGGCGAAGAAUCUCUGGGCUAAACGGAACAAAACAUGGCCCCGCCCAUCGCUAGGAGCAGUUCUGAGCUGCGCCCAGGCGCCGUUUAAAACGAUCAAAGGGAAACGCAAAACAGGAGACGCACGGUUAUACCGAAUCCUCAUGACAGAAUCGGCCUACCUAAUCUGGAAGCUACGGAAUGAGCGAGUGAUAGUAAGCGACACAAACCCUCGACCAACCCCAGCAACAUCCGAGGAAAUCGAGAGUCGAUGGACAAAGGCCUUGAACGAACGCUUGGCUAUAGACUGCUUGAUGACGAACACUAAAAAAUAUCAGAAGAAAGCCAUAAAGUACUCUGUCGUCAAAAGAACGUGGACUGGGAUCCUCAAGGACGAAAGCAGCCUCCCCCGGACUGGUUCCGCGGGAAGAUUGAGGUUUUAG